CCUGGACCAUGCAAGAGAAAACACCAAACAUAGGCAGUAUAAAAAGCUUGGGAAGCAUAUGGAAUCUCUCCAACGGAGACCAUGGGCAAGAUUGUUUUUUACGAGGACAAAAAUUUUCAAGGUCGUAGUUAUGAGUGCAGUAACGACUGCACAGACCUGCACACUUACUUUAGUCGCUGCAACUCCAUCAGAGUAGAGAGUGGCUGUUUCAUGAUCUAUGAACGUCCAAAUUACAUGGGCCACCAGUAUUAUAUGAAGCGAGGUGAAUAUUCUGACUACCAGAGAUGGAUGGGUUUCAGUAGCUGUAUUCGAUCCUGUCGUCUGAUUCCAAUGUACAGGGGACCAUACAGACUGAGGAUCUAUGAGAAGGCUGACUACGGAGGUCACAUGAUGGAAUUCACAGACGACUGCCCCUGUGUGUCUGAUCGUUUCCACCAUCGACAUGUGUACUCCUGUAACGUGAUGAAUGGCUACUGGAUCUUCUAUGAAUAUCCCAACUACAGAGGGAGGCAGUACUUCCUGAAAUCGGGGGAAUACAGGAGAUACCGAGACUGGUGUGCUACCUGUGCCAUUGUGGGCUCCUUCAGACGAGUCACUGAUUAUUAGCCAUUCUGCUUGCACUUAUUUAUAUGAACUGUUCAUUCCCUGUUUAUAAACACAGCUGUUUAUAAACAUUUAGAUUUUUCACUUCUUGUGCCUGGACAUAAAAAACAAACAAA